AAAUCAAAUCUAGCUACAGUCAGCCUUGCCACGUAUUACUGUUACAGACAGUCUAGCUAUAUCUAUAUUCAUUCCCCUCCGCCCACAGGUGAGACUCAUAACAGUUCACAACCCCCAACACAUGAAUACUGAAGCACCACUCAAAAGCAAGCACAUUGAGAUCCAGUGAGAGUCAACUGAUAGUUGAUACUGUGGGGGACCAUUGAAGCAUCCCUUGAGAUUUUGCCAAUGAGUCAAAAAUACAAAAUAAUAGCUAUAGCUGGAGCAACUUGCAGUGGAAAGACUACACUAGCUCAGCGACUACGGGCUCGUUUACGCCAUUGCUCUGUUCUUCAUCAAGACGACUAUUACAAAGAACCAUCAGAAAUCCCUUCAUUCAAUGAUACUACUGAUAAAUGGGAUGAUCCUAUUGCUAUUCAGUGGAGUAAACUAUCAGGUCAUGUGGCAAGGAUAUCAAGCCAGCCAUAUUUAGAAUCGUGCCCUGUAUGUCAAGAAAUGAAGGGGGAGGAGAGUAGACCCACAGAGCAGCUACUGCAUUAUGUUAUUGUAGAGGGAACUAUGGUUUUAUACUCAAGAGAAAUGUUGGAUUUAUUUGACCUGUCGUUUUUCUUGACGUUGGACUAUGAGACAUCCAAGGCCAGAAGAAGUGCACGUACCUAUGACCACGAUACGGUUAAAUUCUUUGACGGGCACGUAUGGCCAAUGUAUUUAGAAAUGGAAUCAAAAGUGAGCUCGUACAGUACAUCAGUGACACUGCUAAACGGGAGGAGAAGCCUUGAAGACCUAGAGGAAGAGAUUAGCAGAGCAGUUGCUGAUAAGCGAUAGUUGAUUUACCUUAAUAAAUGAGUGGAGCUUCAAUAGAGGCUCUUAUUGGAAGACUCCCCUAUAAACAUUCAGGACUUCUUUACACUUUAAAUGAUAAGCAGUGGCUUCUUGAAUCGUAACAUGGCACCAAAAAUUACCACCAUUACAAAUAAGGAUGUGACGGCAAUUUACAAAUAUUCCAUAUAAAUACAUUAAAUACAUAUAAUAAUGCUAAUAGUUAAUACAUGAUUAUACAUUACUUGUGUAGGAUAAGGUCUAAUAGGUAAUACAUGUGCAUGUAAUGGCCUCUGCAUUAUAUCUGUGAUUCCUGGAUAAUAAUUUAAGAUAGACAUAACAGACCAAACUAUCACACAAUACUAAUAAUCCAUAUAUGCGCUCAUACACAAUACAGGUAUAACCGUAUUAAUACUGUCAGAUUUCAUCAUGCAUUAAAUGGACCACAAUACAAUACUAAUCAGUGUCAUCAUUACAUGAGUUGCAUCAUCAUCAUAGUCUGUGUACUGUACUUUAUCAAUGGAACACAGUCCAGCCACACA